AUGGUGUUCGGACUGUUUGCAUUAACAUCGGUCUGCUUCUCUGAAGAAGCCAAUUCGGACCGGAUUUCAGCGCGGUCGGAAAAUAGUGAAACCGUCGUGGCAAAGAUCAGAGCGCUCAAAAAUGAGAAGAAACAACUACUGAACACCUUCCCCGACGAAAAUGAGAAAAAUUUAAAAGAACGAAAGGCUGUGAAGGGAGCAAAGAGACUUCGUGGGCGACGAGACCAUCGUUUAAAUAGGAAACGUCCACAAAAGAAGGAAGAGAAAAAUGGAUGA